UCCUUGGGUCUUUAAGGUCUUCUUUUCCGCCUUGGUAGUUCGUUUUCCUCAUUCGUCGUGCUUUUGUACUGAGAAGCACGGCGCGGUCUGGGCCGGUUGGGGCACAUUUCGGGCGCAGCCUGUCCGGCGUUUGCAGCGGACAGCCCCGCGGAGGUCCUCGUGGAGUGGGCGCCUCUGCAGAGACCUUGCAGACCGACGCGAUGAAGCCCAGGUCCGCGGUGUACGUGGACAACAAGCUCAAGCAGCGCAUCGUCCAGUACCUCACCAGUAAUAGAUGUGGUAAAUACGUGGACACUGGAAUCUUAGCCUCUGAUUUACAAAGAAUGUACAGUAUAGACUAUGGUAGAAGAAAAAGAAAUGCUUUUAGGAUUCAGGUAGAAAAAGUGUUCAGCAUAAUUAGCAGUGAGAAAGAACUUAAGAAUUUAACAGAAUUAGAAGAAGUUCAUCUGGCAAAAAGAGCAAGACAACGUGAAGAGGAUAAUGAGUAUACUGAAAGUUAUUCUGAUGAUGAUUCAAAUGUGGAAGAUUACCCAGAUCCACAGUCAGCCAAUCAUAUGAACAGUUCCCUGCUCUCUUUAUAUCGGAAAGGAAAUCUUGAUUCUAUUCCAAAUACUCCAGAGUUGGAGCAAAAAGAAACUUCAACACCAUGGCUUACUUCUAAAACAGGCUCCAUUCCUUUGAAGACCUCUGCCAGAGAAUCUGAGGGAGGAUGGUUUAUUGACAAAAUCCCAGAUGGAAAGGAAGACAGUUUAUUCUUGGACCUAUCAGAUAAGAAAAAUAUUCGUAAGAAGCCAGUAUCUGAAAUAAAGGAUUCAAAAGAUUCUUCUCCUCUGGAGAAUGAUAAAAAAAGGAAAAACAGACUAAAGGGCAAAGGAAACAAAAGGAAGAAAGAAGACCUUCAGGAAAUAGAUGGAGAAAUAGAAGCUGUCCUGCAAACAAAAGCUAAAGCCAGGGGGCUGGAAUUGCAGGUGUCCAUUGUGAAGUUUGAAGAUGUUGGAGGCAAUGAUGCAACAUUAAAAGAAGUUUGCAAGAUGCUCAUACACAUGCGUCACCCGGAGGUAUACCACCACCUGGGCGUAGUGCCCCCUCGUGGAGUUCUCCUUCAUGGGCCACCAGGCUGUGGGAAGACAUUACUUGCACAUGCAAUUGCUGGGGAACUUGACUUGCCAAUUCUGAAAGUGGCUGCUCCAGAGAUUGUGUCGGGAGUUUCUGGAGAGUCUGAGCAGAAGCUUAGAGAUUUAUUUGAACAAGCUGUGUUGAAUGCACCCUGUAUUAUUUUCAUUGAUGAAAUUGAUGCUAUUACUCCCAAAAGAGAAGUUGCUUCAAAAGAUAUGGAACGAAGAAUUGUAGCCCAGCUCCUAACCUGCAUGGAUGAUCUGAAUACUGUGGCAGCUACAGCUCGAGUUCUAGUCAUCGGAGCUACUAAUCGACCAGAUUCAUUAGACCCUGCUUUGAGACGUGCUGGAAGGUUUGACCGAGAAAUAUGCCUAGGUAUUCCAGAUGAAGCAUCCAGGGAAAGAAUACUUCAAACUUUGUGUCGAAAACUGAGACUUCCUGAAACUUUUAACUUCGGUCACUUAGCCCACUUAACACCAGGCUUUGUUGGUGCUGACCUAAUGGCACUCUGCCGAGAGGCAGCCAUGUGUGCAGUCAAUAGGGUCUUGAUGAAACUACAGGAGCAGCAGAAGAAAGACCCUGAGAUUGAAGGUUUGCCAUCUGAAGGAGGACAGGAAAAAAGUCUGGGAACUGAACCCAGUCCUGAAACACAGGAUGAAUUGCAAAAACUGCUGGGGUUGCUAAGAGAGCAAGAUCCCCUCUCAGAGGAGCAGAUGCAAGGGCUAUGCAUUGAAUUGAAUGAUUUCAUUGUUGCGCUAGCCUCAGUUCAACCCUCUGCCAAAAGAGAAGGCUUUGUCACUGUCCCUAAUGUGACAUGGGCAGAUAUUGGUGCCCUGGAAGAUAUUAGAGAAGAGCUCACCAUGGCAAUACUGGCACCAGUACGUAACCCAGAGCAGUUCAGAGCUGUUGGAUUGGUGACACCAGCUGGAGUUCUCCUGGCUGGUCCUCCUGGCUGUGGGAAGACUCUGCUGGCAAAGGCUGUGGCAAAUGAGUCUGGACUAAAUUUUAUAUCUGUCAAGGGCCCUGAAUUACUAAAUAUGUAUGUAGGUGAGAGUGAGCGUGCUGUGCGACAGGUUUUUCAGCGAGCGAAGAACUCAGCACCCUGUGUGAUUUUCUUUGAUGAAGUGGAUGCUUUAUGUCCUCGGAGAUCAGACCGAGAGACAGGAGCAAGUGUCCGGGUGGUGAAUCAGCUGCUUACAGAGAUGGAUGGUCUGGAAGCACGUCAGCAGGUUUUUAUUAUGGCAGCCACUAAUAGGCCAGAUAUCAUUGACCCUGCAAUUCUGCGCCCAGGCCGUCUGGACAAGACACUCUUUGUUGGUUUACCACCUCCAGCAGAUCGUCUUGCCAUCUUAAAAACUAUCACAAAAAAUGGCACCAAACCUCCACUGGAUGCAGAUGUAGAUUUGCAAGCAAUUGCUGGUGAUAUUCGCUGUGAUUGCUAUUCGGGCGCAGACCUUUCUGCUUUGGUACGAGAAGCUUCUCUCUGUGCCCUGAGACAAGAAAUGACAAGACAGAAUAAUGGAAAUGGAAAAGGUGCACUCAAGAUUAAUCAUAUGCAUUUUGAAGAGGCUUUCAAGAAAGUGAAACCAUCUAUAUCAGUAAAGGAUCAAAUGAUGUAUGAAGCUCUGCAGCGAUCCCUCAGCCGGUGAUAUCUCCAGCAGCUAGUUUCGAGGAAUGUAGUGUAUGGAACUAGCAAGAAUAGCAUGUGCUCUGAGGUGCUCACUUUCAGCCUAACAUGGAUGUGGGGUCAUGUAAGCAUUUUAUGUUCAAAUUAACAAGGCCAAGCUGGAGGUGAAGGUUCUUCCCAUCUGGUCAGCCUUAUGGGAAAAUUGUACACUUUCUCUUUAAGGAAAAAAAAAAAUUUAA